AUCAGCAAAGAUAGCUUGAGAGAAGAAGCAUCCUGUCUCAAUGGUUUGAGAUCAAACCAUUUUACAUCUAUGUAAAAAAAAACAAUUCACACUAACUACAAUCAAUGUUUGAAUGUAAAUAUACCAAGACUGUGUCAUACAGCAUUACAGGAAGUGACAUUUCCAGCUGCAGUCAGGGAAGGACUUGAUUAUUUCAGAAAAACCAUGAAGAUCUUUGGAAGUAUGCCAAACAAGUGCCAUUGCUGCAACAACAACAAACUCUAUUAACAGGAACCCCCCAAAAUUAUAUGCAUUUGAUUUUAAACAGAAGCAAGACAUUUCUUUUGCAGCCACCAAAAAUACUGAAACCCUGGAGGAUAUUGUGGUUAUGAGUCCUGGCAUCUGUUGGUUUUGCAAGACGUCCAGAGAUGGUGCAAAUGGAACUGCUUCUAAAGUAAGCUUAAAGGAAGCGCUACAGUGGUCUCAGUCCUUUGAAAAGCUAAUGGCUACCAAAUAUGGACCAGUCAUCUACCAGUCCUACCUGAAGACUGAAUACAGUGAUGAGAACAUUGACUUCUGGUUUGCUUGUGAAAAGUAUAAGAAAAUUGCCUCACAGAGGAAAAGAAUUUUGGUGGCACAGAAACUUUUCAAAGAGUAUAUCAAGCCGCAGGCUCCAAGACAGAUUAACAUUGACAGUCCUGCAAGACAACGUAUUAUCACAAACCUCCAAGACCCAACUCAAUCCUGUUUUGAUGAAGCCCAGAAGAUUGUUUACAUGCAUAUGGAACGGGAUUCAUACCCCAGGUUUCUUGGAUCAGAAAUCUAUAAAAACCUGGUCCUUAGUCUUUCAAGUAGAAAAGAACCUUUGGAAUCCUUAAGAGAGAGGCAAUGAGAAUGUGGAAGUGUUACCACCUAAUUUUGAAGCUGAGCAAACAAAUCAAGACAUGAAGGCAUGAGGAUUAUGCAUACAAAACAGAUCACUGUAUCUUGGCUUCACAAUUCUUGCCACUUAGGGUGGGAACAUGAAGGUUAAAGUGAAGCAUAAAAAUCAAAUGCAAAAAGAAACAUUAACACGAGCUUUAACUGGUUUUUUUUUUUAACAAUCAGUUUGUAUUUUAUUUUUGAACUUUUAAAUCACUAUAGGUCCAGUGGUUCAUCCAGCUGAGUCAAAGCACUAGAACUUGGAAACUUUAUUUUUCAGACUGCAAAGAAUCCUCCAUUCAUCAUGCUUAGUAGCCAUGCUGACUAAGGAAUAUUGUAAAUAGUGAUGGUGGUGGUGGCGGCGGCAGCAGUAGCAGCAGUAGUAACAAGAACAACGACAACUUUUAUAAACUCUGCAGCCUUGCACCUUCUUUGCUCUGGUCUAGAGUCUGAUCUUGUACAGAAUAAAUUAACAAGAUCUCUAUUUUUGAGUUUAUACUGGAUUCUGGAGUAGCUGUCCCUCCAAUAUUCACAUUAUAGAGAAUGGGAGGGGCAGAAAGGGUCCAAUCCAUUUGCCCUUUUUGUAGUGGCUUGCCACCUGACUGCAAGUUGUAUGAUGGGGGAAUGAUUUAGCUAUGCAAGAGUGGAGAAACCUUGAAUCUAGAAAAAAUAGCUUUAAAAAAAAAAAGAAUAACAAAAACAAUAAAGAAUACAGUCCCAUGCCCACCUACUCCAAAAUUACACUGGGUUCAACUGAGCUUACUUCCACUUAAGCAUAUGUAGGGUCACGGCUCUAUAGUGCAUUUACAACAUCUCUGAAAUCAUGUCCUAGGGGCUUCAGGGCAGAUCAAAUGUCCUCUCAGACCAGAGACAGACACUUCCAACGGUGAAUAAGGGGAGAUGAGCUUGAAUCUCCUCUCCCUAUAUCAGCAUCAAGAGCCACAACUCUUGCCUUGCUAAAGUUGGGAAUAGGAAAGGAAAACAGUGAUGGAUCAGGGGUGUGGCUCUGAUUGCAUAAUAUCAUAGAAUCAUAGAAUAAUUGAAUUGGAAGAAGCUUAUAAGGCCAUUGAGCCCAACCCCCUGCUCACUA